CGUAGGGACUACAAAAUCGGCUCUGUUUGAACCGCUGUUUCCCGCAACACCAGCGCAGCUCUCCUUUAAGAGUGUUUUAUCUACAAAAGUAAUCAUCAUUUCAGUCGAGUUAGGCUUUCAACAGUCUGUCGCAGCAUUUCAUACAGUGUUUCGUGAGCCAGAGUACAGCGUGAUUACGGGGUCCACGACAUUGGAAAGCUUUCUUAAUGGCGAUGAGUUUUGGUGCUUGCUUCGGCGCUCGAUCACGUGGAACCGAAAUGAGGAGGCGAAGGAUCGACAGGUCCAUGAUUGGAGAACCGAUGAAUUUUAAACACACGGGGCACAUUGGAAGUGGCGACAUGGCUUCAGGCUCUGAUCUUGGCUCAAUUCAAGGACAAAUGCAGUCUAAAGGUGGUUAUCAAGGAAUUAGUGUACCCGUUAGUUCGACACCAUCGGGAAUUCCAGUGGGCGGACAGAAUUAAAUCACACAUAUCAUUUGUAGGAUACAGUUGCACUUUUUUGUUUGAAGAGUAAACAGAAUCAAAGGAAGCAAUAUUUCAGGAGUGACAUAAUAAAAAUAGGAAGACAAUAGACUUCUUUUGGAUGAAUAUUACGGAGGAAAGAAAUUUGAGUGGCAUUUGAUUCCAGUUGUAAAUAAUGGAGCAAUUGAAGUAGUGUGUUUUAUAUGACAAUAGAGUUAGUUUCAUAGUAUAAAUAAAGCAAAGGAUCAACCUUCAACAGCUAGCUGUGUAUCAUAGCUAGCUUAAAUUUAUCAACAUACAUGCAGUUUUUGAUCAGAAUGACUCGUAAGCUUUUUUACUCCAUGUUUCUUGUUUUGCAAACAUUUUUAAUUUUCCUCUCGGCUGGAUACAACCCCUAUAAAGCUAGUGAUCAACAAAUUUAAGAAAUUCACUGUGAAUUCCCUGUAACCUUGUUAACCCAGUUGCCACAUCUUUGUUCAUUCGAGUGGAGAUAUUCUGGGAAAAUUUUACCUAUGACGAAAACACAAUUUCUGUUAGGCUGCUAAAAUCCCAUAAUUUCCAUAUUUUUCAUUUUAUUUAUAUUUUGAUGGGAAAUUGAAUGUUGAUCUCUGUUAGGGCUAAUGGGUUAAAUGGCGAGACAUGAUUAAAAAAAUGCCCAUUACACUUGUGUGGUGUCAAGUAGGGGGUAACUUGUGUAUCUCUUUCUGCUGUUUAUCUCCACUGUAUAUGUAUAUAUUAAACAUAACAUGAGCCCCAUGAUCCUGUUUAUCUGAGAAAGUCAGCAUUGGAUUGAAUAAAUUGUUAAAUAAGAAAA